UCCUGUCUUCUUCUCAAAGUCUCUGUUCAGACAGGGAAAAUAAAAAACCGGCCAGCGGUUUUCUGAAACCCAGUGUUUGUGUUUUUUUUCUUCAAAAAACAGUUUUCUCAGUAAAUAAACAGUUUUUUUUUUUUUUUAAAUCCGUUUGGUUGUCGAGAAAAAGCUUUUGAAAGUACUUUGCUUCAGUUCUGGAAAAAUGUGAACAAGUCUGAGAAGAACAGUGUUAGUGAAGAGUUUUCUGGGCUGCGCUUAUAAGUUACAGGUGGGUGGUUGGCUGUGAGUUUGUAAGUUAGAUACAGUUGUAGUGAAUAGUUAAUAGUUUUGCUUCCAGUGUAUGCAUGGAAACAAAUUCUGGUGUUACAGUGAUAGGAGCAGAAGCUCCAUCAGCCUAUCAUAUGGCGCCAAGGACAGAAAAUGCUAACCAGAUUGGUGGUAGCUCAACCGCAGUCGAUGCUUCGCCAGUUAGUGUCGGAUUAACUGGUAGUACAGAAAAGAAGAAGAGAGGUAGACCUAGGAAAUAUGGAUCAGAUGGGACAUUGGCGAGGGCAUUGUCGCCAAUGCCUAUUUCCUCAUCUUUCCCACCCGUAGGAGGUGAGUUCUCUAGUGGAGGAAAGCGGGGGAGAGGGCGUGGCAGUGGCUACCAGAUUAAGCAUCAGAAGGGAAUGGAAAUGGAGAAUUUAGGCGAGUGGGCUGCUACUUCUGUCGGAACAAAUUUUACACCACAUGUCAUCACUGUCAAUGCUGGUGAGGAUGUAACAAUGAAGGUGAUAUCAUUUUCUCAACAAGGACCAAGAGCUAUUUGCAUCCUAUCUGCUAAUGGAGUAAUUUCAAAUGUUACACUACGUCAGGCUGAUUCUUCGGGGGGUACGCUUACGUAUGAGGGUCGAUUUGAGAUACUUUCCUUGUCUGGAUCCUUCAUGCCUACAGAGACUCAAGGAACGAGAAGUCGAUCUGGUGGGAUGAGUGUCUCUUUGGCAAGCCCUGAUGGCCGUGUUAUAGGGGGAGGAGUUGCUGGGCUUCUGGUAGCUGCCAGUCCUGUACAGGUUGUCGUGGGUAGUUUUUUGCCGGGCAACCAGCAUGACCAAAAACCCAAGAAGCCGAAAAAUGAGACCAUACCAGCCACUGUUGCACCGAACCCAACUGUAUUCGCUGCACCUGCUUCAAAUGCAGAAAAAGAGGAUAUCAUAGGUGUACUUACGCAACAAAAUUCGAAUGCCUCGAAACAAAACCUGUCCACAGCUACAUUCCGAAGAGAAAAUUGGGCUACCAUGCAGGAACCAAGAAAUUCAGCAACUGACAUCAACAUUUCUUUGCCUGCAGGUUAAUUUAUUAAAUAACGAUCAUUCAUCCCGGAGGCUUACUAAAUCAAACUCUGAUGUUUAUUUUUUUCCGACAGUGGAGUUCAUGCGUUCUUGAAUAUUAAUGUAGGAUAAUGUAGCAUUAGCAUCCCUGAUAUCCAGCUAGGUUUUAAUGUCUCAGGCAAAGACAUCCUUUUUCUGAUUUAUGAAUUAAUUGAUGGCAAGUGUCACAGAUUUUAAAAUUCCCCAAUUACGGAGUAGUGAAUUUUUCGUCGGCUUCAUUAAUCGGAUUUCCUUGAUUCUUCAAUAAAUAACUUUGGUUAAAAUCUGAUCAAAGCUAGCAUUACGUAGAAGAUUUAACAUCCUACAUGGAAAA